AUGGGCAACUCCUCCAGGAAGGGUGAAGAGGAAGAGGCAGAAGAUGGGGCAAAGGACGGCGAGGAAGAAGAAGAAGUCGCAGAAAAAGAGAAAGAGGUGGAGGUAGAGGAAGAGCCGGAACUUCCAUUAGGAGUGGAGGAGUUGCUGGAGAGUGGAGAUCCUGUGUUGGAUUUAAGCUAUCGAAAAUUUAAGAAACUACCUUCACGUGUUUGUGGACUGAUGCAUCUCGAGAAGUUGUACGUUUGUGGCAACAGUUUGCGCACUUUGCCAGAGAGCAUCUCCCAGCUGCGGGGUCUGCGUAUACUCGCCCUUGACUUCAACAAGAUGGAAGAUGUUCCCCCAGCCGUGUGCGAGCUCACCAACCUCACCCGUCUCUACCUGGGCAGCAACCGGCUGAUGAGCCUCCCACCGGAGCUGAAGAACCUGCAGAACCUGAAAUGUUUGUGGGUGGAAAGCAACUACUUCCACAGUUUUCCAAAGGAGCUAUAUGACUUACCCCACCUUAAGUCCCUCCAGAUUGGGGACAACCGGCUUAAAACGCUGCCUCCUGACCUUUGCCGCAUGGAAGCUCUGAGAGGAUUAUGGUUGUAUGGAAACCGCUUUGAUACCUUCCCAAGAGUCCUUCUGCGCAUGGAAAACUUGGAGAUCUUGGACUUGGACAAGAAUAAAAUAUCCGAAUUCCCAAGCCUGAGGCGUCUCCGAGCCCUGCGCCUUUUCUCCUAUGACCACAACCCAGUCGAGGAGCCUCCCAGAGUGGGUGAGGAGGUGCUGGUCGUAGGGGAAGGGGCUGCAGAGUUCUUAGAGGCACGUGAGGCUCGCAAGGAGAGACUACGAAAGGCUGCGGAGGAGGCAGAGGAGCAAGCUUUGGCAGAAUCGCUGGCCGAAGAGCCUGUGAUUCAUGGCAUCCUGAAGAACAGCAACUCCAACUCCAAACAAGCAACCAACGGAUCUGUGGUGAUCGUAGAGGACCCAGGUGUGAAAGAGGAUGAGUCCCCCAUUAGGGACGAAGAGGGAGGGUGUGUGCAGUUCCCACUGGCAGGGUAUGAUGGAACAGAGCUUGAAUAUGAUGAGGAGUUGGUUGAGUAUGAGACAGAGGAGCUGAUAUAUGAGGGAGAGGGCUUUGAGUAUGAGGGAGAGGGGCUGGAGUAUGAGAGGGCUCAAAUGGACUAUGAGUAUGAAGAGGGGGAAGAGGUGGGAGACAUGGGGAGACAGGAUGAAGGGGCAUGA